CAAAAUAUAAAUCGAUCACAAUGUUAAAUGGUGAUGAUGCACUUAUUUAGUACCAUACCUACACCAUAUAUUGUUCAAAGUGUUUUUGCCGAGCCUCAGAUACCUUUUUUUUAAAGGACUGCACACUCAUGUACAGUAGGUGGCGGUAUGCACCAAAGAGGUCGUCUUCUAACGUCACAAUGAUCUGCUUCUCGGUGCAAAUCUUUGACGAAGCUAACACAGGCGUUCACUAAAUUGGUCCUGAAUUAGUAUUGAAUGUCUCUGGACCAGCAAAACAGGACGCCCGUCACUAAUUCGGUGGAGUAAGAUUUCAUCCGCUAAAUCUUCGUGCCCACUUCAACUCGUCAUAGUGCACGUUGAAGCGUCGCGGCCCGUUUUAGCUUUGGCUACCUUAGCUUAGCUUACUUUACUAGCUGCUAACAAGUCGAAGCGUUUGUGAGCAACGCAUCGCAAAGCGGAGAUCAAAUGGGCGUAAAAUGGUUCUGAGUUUGGUGUGAAAAUGUGGGAAAGUAGGACGGAAGAGGACGAGGAGGAUUUUUGUGGAACAAAACGGGAGAGCGAGCGACAACGUCAAAGGCUGGAUGGAACUUUCAAGAAGCCUCGACUUGGGUUACACACAGCAGACAUCAGCGGCGAUCUUAAUCCAUUUUCAUCAGACGUUCAAUCGAAAUCCCUUCACAUUAAAGAGGAAGUGGAGGAUAAAGAGCCCCUCAAAAUCAAAGAGGAGGAGGAAGAAGAGUUCCUGCACAUAAAAGAGGAAGUGGAGGAUAAAGACCGCCCCCUAAUUAAAGAUGAUGAAGAAGAGUUUCUGCUCAUUAAGGAGGAAGAGCAGGAGGAUAUCAUCAAGGUCCGAUUGACUGGUGUCUCUUGGAAGACUGAAGAUGAAGGUCUCAGUGAUGAAGAUCUAAGUGAGGAAAGCAGAGUGGUGGAACCACCAAGCAGCAUCUUACGUCAACCCACGACAACAGAGAGUGAUCGAGACCACUGUGUAGGAUCACCAGAAGACGAACUCUUAGCUCCACUAUCGGAGAGUGACGAUGCAAUGUCACACUCUCGUGAUGAAGAUGAUGAUGACGACGACGACGAACGCUUUGUGAAAAACGUAGGUUAUGAGUGCCAUUUGAAAAGUCAUGUGAUUAGCCAUACUGGUGAGAAACCUUUUGUCUGCCCAGUUUGUGGCCAAACAUUCUCUCGUAAACACUCUCUAACGACACACUCAAGAAAACACACCGGAGAGAAACCUUUUGCCUGUUCAGUUUGUGGUCAGACAUUCUCACGCAGACAUGUUUUGACAGUACACAAAAGAACACACACUGGAGAGAAACCCUUUGCUUGUGCAGUUUGUGGUCAAACAUUCUCUGUGAAUGGGAGCUUGAGAAGACACAUGAGAACACACACUGUGGAUAAUCCCUUUGUCUGCUCAGUUUGUGGUCAAGGAUUCCCUGAAAAGGACCAAUUAAAUAUACACACAAGAACCCACACUGGUGAAAAAUGUUUAACCUGUUCAGCUUGUGGUCAAACGUUCACUCAGAGAGGAGCCUUAUUAUGUCACAUAAGAACACACACUGGUGAGAAACCUUUUGCCUGUUCAGUUUGUGGCCAAAAAUUCUCUCAUAAGCGAAACCUAAAAAGCCAUACAAGGACACACACAGGCGAGAAACCGUUUGCCUGCUCAGUUUGUGGGCAAACAUUCUCUCGUAAACAAGCUCUGACAACACACUCGAGAAAGCACACUGGAGAGAAACCGUUUGCCUGCUCAGUUUGCAGUCAAAGAUUCUCCCGUAGGCAUGUUUUAAUUGCUCAUAAAAGAACACACAGUGGAGAGAAACCUUUUCCAUGCUCAGUGUGUGGUCAAAGAUUCUCAAAAAAGGGAUCCAUUAAAAGUCAUAUGAGAACACACACUGGUGAAAAACCAUUUGCCUGCUCAGUCUGUGGUCAAAGAUUCUCUCUCAAGGGAAACUUAACAAGCCACACGAGAACACACACUGGCGAGAAACCUUUUUCCUGCUCAGUCUGUGGUCAGAGAUUCUCUCAGAAGGGAACUUUAAUAUGUCACACGAGAACACACACUGGAGAAAAACCCUAUGCCUGCUCAGACUGUGGUCAAAGAUUCUAUCAGAAGGGUAACUUUAAGAGACACAAGUGUGCUGGUGAUAAAAGAAGUGAUAAGUAGAACUGUCCUGAUAUUUAUCAGGUUGUUGACUUGAUCGCAGCUGGGCUUGUGGUUCUGUCAGACUUUUCAACCAUCAUCCGAGCAGGCUUCACCAAUUAAGGGGUUUGAUGGGGCAGCUCAAACUUUGUCACCUGUCUGACUGAGGGAAUGAAAAAAAGUGACAAUUUUGUAUUCUACCCCGCUUAUUGUAUUUUAUCUACCUUCUUAUAUUGUGUGUACCUUUUAAAAGUUUCCCAUGGGCAUGUGUUGUGAAUGACCACUUGUGUUAAAACCUAUCAAGGUAUGCAUCUGCCUUGCCCAGUUUUUAUGUGCAUAUCCAAGAACUAAAGGAUUAAUUGAAAUUGUGUAACCCCAACCCUAUAACAUAGUUUAUUUGCACUGUAUAUAUAAGAUAAACACCUUAUAACUGAAAUGUAAAUAAAGGGCUGAAUGUGCAACUGACUCUCCACACUCCCAUACUUGGGAAUCACAGCACUUGUGCCAAA